CGACUUUUGGACUUCACUCCCAACGUCACACUCGCCCGCUUUCCACAGACACACACACACACAUUCACAUACCACUGACAUACCACUACUACUGCUACUGCUGCUACUGCUGCUACUGCUCCGUGACUCGUCCUCCCACCCCGGGCAUCACCACCGCCGUCGCCGCCGCCACCGCCCGCAAGAACAGCACAGCUCGUCGUCAUCCCGAGCCGAGCCGACGGGAGCCAUGAGCGAGCCGCCUGCCGCGCCGACGACGACGACGACGACGACAUCGACGACGACGGCCGCCGCCCACGAGAUGCGCGUCGACCCCGCCAGAGCUCAGGCUCUCGCCAGCCAGCUCGCGGCCGUCAAGGACCGCCUCGCCGCCCUGGCCGGCGGCCGCAAUGUCCGCCUCGUCGCCGUGUCCAAGCUCAAGCCCGCCAACGACAUCCUCGCCCUGCACCAGGAUCCCGCCCGCCACGCCCACUUUGGCGAGAACUACGCCCAGGAGCUGAGCCAAAAGGCCGAUCUGCUGCCGCGCUCCAUUCAGUGGCACUUUAUCGGCGGCCUGCAGUCUGGCCACUGCAAAACCCUCGCCAAAAUCCCCAACCUCUUCUGCGUCUCCAGCGUCGACACCCUCAAAAAGGCCCGCCUCCUCUCCUCGGCCCGCGCCGCCCUCCUCGCCGCCGACCCCUCCCUCCCCAAGCUGUCCGUCCACGUCCAGGUCAACACCUCGGGCGAGGACGCCAAGUCGGGCUGCGCCCCCGGCCCCGACACCGUCGCCCUCUGCCGCGAGAUCCUCGAGCACUGCGGGCCCGGCCUCCACCUCCUCGGCCUCAUGACCAUUGGCGCCAUCGCCCGCAGCAGGGCCACCACCGCCGACGCCGCCGAAAACGAGGACUUUGUCGCCCUCCGCGAGCAGCGCGACCUCGUCGCCAGGGAGCUCGGCCUCGCCCCGGACAGGCUCGAGCUCAGCAUGGGCAUGAGCGAGGACUACGAGGGCGCCAUCGCCAUGGGCAGCGGCGAGGUGAGGGUCGGCAGCACCAUCUUUGGCCAGAGGCCGGCAAAGGCCGACGCCAAGAUCAAGGACUGAAUGAUGAAACGAAGGGCAAAGAACCUAAUAAUGUAUAUGAUAGAUUUCAUCCAAAUGUAUUAAGCGCCUGUCCGGCUCGGACUGGUCCUGGACCACGUUGACUGCAGCUAUUCUGCGG